GGCGCCCGCGGGCCGGGCCGGGGGAAGGGGCAGCGGCGCCCCCCGCGGGCCCCCCCGGCCCCCAGCGGCGGAGAAUGGCCGAGGACUCGCCCAAGCGGCGCAAGGCCAAUUUCAACGAGGCGGAGACGGAGGUGCUGAUCGAGCAGGUGCUGAAGCACGAGCGGCUGCUGUUCGCGGCGGGGCCGGGCCGCGCCUCCCCGGGCCAGAAGCGAAAGGUGUGGGAGCUGAUCCGGCACAAGGUGAACCCGGUGGCCGCCUGUCCGCGCGACGUGGAGGAUCUGAAGAAGCGCUGGCGGGACCUGAAGCGCCGCGACCGCAGCAAACUGUGCCGCCUGUCUCAGGGCGGCGGGCCGCCGGGCCCCGCUGCAGCCCUCGGCCUCUUGCUGGCCCCCGAGGAGCUGCCGCCCGGCGCCGCGCCCGUCCGCCGCCACCACCACCACCACCACCACCACCACCACCUGCACCCCCGCGCCUACGGCUCCCUGCUGCACGCCGAGGCCGUGCCCAUCGUGGGCGGCAUCGACACGCUGGAGCUGCCCGGCGCUGCCGUGGGGGAGAUGGGAUUUAACGAUGAUCCCGGCCCAUCUCAUCAACCCGGUCUUGAGAAGAUAAACCUAAAAGAAGAGAUAGUGGUGAAAGUGGUAGAGCCGGAGGAAAGCUCUGAGGACAUGGCAGUAGUCCCACCUAGCCAGGAGCAGCUGCCUUAUCUGGGGACAUCGGGUGGUGCUUCCUCAGGGAAGGUAAAAGCCAAAUCAAAAGGCAGAUCCCAGGCAGACCAAAUCGGAAUAACUGAAGCGGACCUAGUGCAGAUUCAGCAGACCCAGAUGCAGGUGAUUCAGUCUGGCUUUGACAGUGUCAACCACAAUCUUCAGCUGCUGCAGCAAGGCAUGCAGGAUCUGAGUAACAGCCUCAGCAUCAUGGCGCAUACGCUUGUUGCUAUCAAAAACGUCUACAUGAAAAACAACACCGGCCCAACUACAUACACCACCACCUCUACUCAGACCACAGCCGGGUACCUGAGCCCAGGUUCUCCCCAGGUUUCCCCUGCUGAGGACAGAGGCCGGGUGCAGAUGGCUGGGAGCAGCAGCAGGAGCAGCAGCUGCAGUUCCAGCUCUACAUCCCAGGAACCAGGUCCUUCAGAGUUUCCCAGGCCCCCCCUGAGAACCAUUAAGAAAGAACAUCCAAACGGCUGCUACUACUUCUGCUUUGCAGACAUGUAAAACUUGAAUAUAUGUACAGUGACUGUGGUGUUAGGUGCUGUUGUUUGUUCUGCUCCAGCCUGUGACUUGAAGGAGCAAAGUGGACUUGCCCCCCACAUUUUUUCCCAGUGGGAAAUGUUUCUCUAUAGGAGGUGGCAUUAAACACUAAAUACCAGUUCCGUUUGUUAACUCAGUUUCAGUUGGCUAAUGUUUUUCUGCUGUUCUCUUUAUCCUCUUACUCUCUCAAAAACAAACAGAUUUAUUUUGGCUAUAACUCUUGUCUGUAUUACUCUUUGUUUAAUGUGACCUUUUGGAAAAUAAAAGGCAUGAGAUUUGGGUGAAAAAGUAACGUUAUGGUUACUGACUACCAGGAGCUGUCUUACAUGAGUUGCUUAGUUUUUGUUGGUUUUUUUUUUUUUUUAAUUAAACAAAUGGCAAAAUGAGCUGGUGUUUUUAAGUAGUUGCUUUUUGUAAUACUUAUAACUGUUCGCUUGUUUGCUGUUGGUUUGAGGUUUUGUUUUUCUAAGUCUCAGCUGUGCAAGGAAGAUAUGGCAGGAAGGGUCGGAUACACCUGCUUCCCUGAGGAAUGGUUUCAGGAUUGAGCUGUUGAUGAUGAAUGUGCUUCUCCAAAUUCGUACAGCAUUGCUCCAUUUGGCUGCUGCUCAUUCCCAGCUUGCCAAAUGCAUCUUCUCAGAGGCAUUUUUUUUUACUUCACUAGCAGAGCAGGCUAUUUCUUGUGAUAUUAUUAAGAUAGAGACAUAAAACAAAAACAGUAACUGAUGAGUGAUGCCUGGCUUUGACAUGGAAUGACAUUUCUUAUUAUGGCUUGUAAGCAGAUUUUGCAAGCUUUCUGGAAUUGGUAUCACUUGAAAUACAAAGAACAAAAAAAUCUUUCUGCAUUGUUUUACAUUUAGACUUGCUGUUAAAUAAAUUACAGGAGGCAGCAUCUGAUUUUGAAUAGAAAAAUGUUCUUGCAUAGCUCAUGAAAAGAAGCUUUUAUCUUUACCUAUCAGAGAGAUUAGUAAAAUCUGCCAUGCUUGUACAUCCGAGGAAGAAGAACUCUGAACAGGAGGAAAAUAUUACUAUUGAUGCUAUCGUUAAGAUAUGUGGAAGACUGGUGUUUAGAGCUUGUAUAUUAGUGCCUUGUAAAAAGCACUCCAUUUAUAUUUUCAGCGUACUCACUGAAGGAAAUACAGCAACCCUCUCACCUGCACUGUUAUCCUAUCACCUAAAAAAUCAUUCAAGUCCUCCUCAUAAGCAUUUAUCACUAGUAUAAAAUUCUAAAGAUAAAUUGGCCUAUGGUAAUGGUCACUGGUUUUCCAGUGAUUCUGCACAUAUGUUUUUGUUGCACACAAAGUGGCAACCCAACUACCCCUUUUAGCAACAUAAGAACAAGUAAACAUCAGGCAAGGUAUGUAUAUACUUUUAUGUCAACUUGGACAGUGCACUAUACUACACAAAAAUACAGGACUAAUUUCUUCCAUCUUUAGGGGGGGGAGUAGGCCAUUUUCAUUGAAAAGUGAUAAAUAUGGGAGCUAACAGUAGCUGCAAAUAAUGCAAGGAGUGCAUCACCAGUUACAUACUAUUAGAAUAAUUACCUCAAAGCAAGGGAUUUCAUCUUAGGCCUGUGCAGGAGUCUGAUGGAGCUCAGGACAGCUGGAUUUUAACAGGUUUCUUCUGGGGCGUUGCUGAGCAAAGAAUGGAAACAAAAUUAUUUAAGAAGCCCAAAAGAACUAUUUAAGAAGGAAACGGUAGAAGAGGAUGACAAAUCCUGAAGCUCAGCCAGGUGCAGUUCAAUUGCAGCCACGACAGGGGAUUAACACAAGGUCUAUGCCCUGGAGGAGGUUCUUGGCUCCUGGAUUCCCUUAUAAAAGGAGAUGGUGUGGGUGACAACUACCACUACCUUACUCAUAAAAUGCUGAUACCAAAAGCAGGAUAGAGUUAACCUCUAUAUGUAAGCAUUUAUAUUUCUCCUCCUCAGUACAGAUGGAAUCUGCCAAGCCUUCAUUUGUGUUUUGUUCGCAUACAAAAAGCAGCCUCUCAAUCUGUGAUAUCCCAGGUUGAGUUAGAAAAAUGUUAGUGAAUCAGAAGUUUACCUGGUCUUUUUGGGCAGCUAUUUGAGCUUGUCCAGAAUGCAGUAGCCAGUUCUUUCUGUAUUUCAAUUCUUUCUUCAAUUAUUGAUUCUUUAAUUUCAUUUACUCCAGCCUUCUUAGGGAAAGCUAGCUUGUGUGUGCUACACAGCUGUCUCACGUUUAUGUUUCCAAGAGAGAAAGCUACGGUCCAGGUGCAAAGAAGUGCAGCAAGAUUUCAAGAGCUAGUGGACUGUGUCUGCUGUGGUUGUGAAGAUGGUUAAAAAAAGAAAAAAGUGCUUCAGAAAUCAGAUGAGCAGAUCUCAGCACUGAUCUCCAGUGGUGUUCCUGUUCCAGCCUUGGAUCUUCAGUCUCUCAAUUGUACAGCCUAGGUAUGUCGGAGCUGAGUUGAGACCACUGUCUCAUUUUGGUUAUGAUCACUAUUUAUGUAAUAUUCUAAGUAACUUAAGAUACUGAGAUAUCUCACCUCCAGUACAGAGCAUGUACACUUUUAUUUUCAAAUUCCAAUUAAUAAAGCUGACUUUCUGUUUC